GAUAAAAAUAAAUUAAGCAUCGAACAUUUGAAGUGUGUGACUGAACCAAAAAAGGCUUGGAAUGACUACGAGGCCGGAGAGAAAGGAAAAGCCAAGUUUGGGAAGGAGGAGUUUGAAUGCUUAAUAAGAGCAGUAGGACGUAAGUAUUAGUUAUAAUUAUUCAUCACUGUUCAUGUUGUUGUUCUGGAAACGAUAUUUUUUUACCAAACUUUUUUUUUGUCGGAAAUAUAACCUGCAUGUGAGUGCAUGAAUUUUCAUUAAAUUUUAACAAUACUGCCUUUACUGGCCCAAUUUCGGACCAAAUCUAUCUAGAUCUCCUUAACAGACCAUGAAGUCAUCCCUGUGAAUGAUUAUAUUGAACACGCUGCCUGCUCACUGUGUUAUAGUCAUAGUGAGGCUAGUUUGAAUUAAUAGCCAUAAAAAAUUAACCCCUGACUGAAAGAUCUCUAAUUAUUUUACAGGUAAAAAUUAUGUUGAGAGCAAGUACAGCAUGCCACUCAGUAUGCUACCAAACAAGAAUGUGCAUGAACUUAUUUCUAUUGCAUGAAUUAUUGUUAAUGCUAAUCAGCUUCAAGGAAAUCUUUGAUGUUGGAUUUCAAACAGGCACUUGAAGAACGUAAUGCUCUAGAUACUCCUGAGAAUGAAGCUGAUCAGGAAUUGAGAGAUAAGGAGAAUGAUAAAGAGGGUCCUGAUCAUGGUGAUGGUAUAGUUGUCAAGAAAAGGAGAGCAAGUGCUUAUAAAGGUGAUAAAUUGGAAAAUGAUGGAACUAAAAAGAAAAGCAAGUUGACUCUUAAGACUUCUCUAGUAAAACAGAAAGUUUCUGAAGCAGAUGAAAUUCUCAAACUAAGAAACAUGUCGGCUUCCACAUCAAAUACAACACAUCCACCUAAAAUGAACAUGUCACUCUCACCUGGAUCUCCAACAACACCUUUACCUAGAUCAAACUCUUCUAGUUCAAGCACAACCCUGCCGCUUCCAGCUGAACAAAAUGCAAUGCCCAUACCUGUAUCAACAUUUGCGGCAACUUCCAAUACUACACACUCUGAAUUGAACCUGUCGCUUGUACAUGGAUCUCCUACAACACCAUUACCUAGAUCAACCACUCCUAGUUUAAAUACAACACUUCCAACUGAACCGAAUAAAAUUCUCACACCCGGACGAAAUGAAGUUCUCACACCCGGACGAAAUGAAGUUCUCACACCCGGACAAAAUGAAUUUCUCACACCCGGACAAAAUGAAGUUCUCACACCCGGACGAAAUGAAGUUCUCACACCCGGACGAAAUGAAGUUCUCACACCCGGACGAAAUGAAGUUCUCACACCCGGACGAAAUGAAGUUCUCACACCUGUAUCAACCUCAACACCCCAACCUGGAUUCAAUACAAUGGUUCCUCCUGUAUCAAACACUCAGUUUUUGCCACCUGGAGCGAACUCUCUGCAGUUUACACCAACAUCAAAUCAAACCUUCACAGAACAAUUAAAUAGCUGUUCACAACCUCCUUUUGCUGGGUAUGAUUAUGGACAAAGCUGGAGUAUGUCUAAUGAAAAUGUGUCUGCAUUUGCAGCACCUUUUUACAGUCAUCAAGGUGUCAACAACAUUAGCCAGGGUACAAGGCACAAUACUUUCCAGCAACAAGACUACACCAGGUGCCACAGUUGUUGUGACAUAAUAGAGCAACUGACUCAACGGGUGUUCGCUUUAGAACAGGCAGAAGAGGCAAGACAGAAAAAGAAGAUGAACAGGGAUCAAAAAAGAACACAUACUGAAGCUACAUUAAGUACAGUUCCUUUUGACCUAGAUGAAGACAGGCUCAAAGAUCUUGUUGAGAAGAGCUGUUCUUUAAGUAGUGGAGUGGAUAUGCUUCUAAAUGAAGUAUUUUCCACUGAAGAACUAAUAAACUCAAGUGUAAUGGGCAUUGAUUCCGGGAAAUCUCUUGGAAAACCAGGACUGGACUCGCAAAAGAGAUCUACAAUUGAAGGUAUUUUGACACAGAAAUUUUGUGUUCCUGUGACAGCUAUACGAAUGAAGAUGCGAGACAGGCUGAAACUCAUACGCCGCAAGCAUGGAGAUGUUGAGAAAAAUUGAUGACAUGACACUGUUCAUUAUAAAACUAACAUUUUUAAUAAAUUUUAAUUUUCAGAACCAAUUUCUGAAGUUGUUGUUAUCCACAUUAAAAAAAUAUUUGUCCUGGGAACAGGACUUUCCUGGGAUAAUGUGACUGUCCUGGGAACAGGAAUUCCUGGGAUUAUGGGACAGUCCUGGGAACAGGACAUUCCUGGGAUAAUCUGAUUGUCCUGUGAACAGGACAUUCCUGGGAUAAUCUGACUGUCCUGAGAACAGGACAUUCCUGGGAUUACAGGACAUUCCUGAGAACAAGACUUUAUAGGACAGCUCUGUCAUAAUUGUUCCUGUUCUUUUCCUGUCUUCAAGAUAUUUGGAGUCCCAUUUAACAGCAUGAAAAAAGUCUCAGGAUUAUCCAAGGAAAUCCUGUGAUUUUUUCAGGACAAAUUCCUGAGACCUCUCAAGAUUUCCUGGGAUCGUCUCAGGAUUUCCUGUUCAUUUUCUG